AUGGCGUCCAACCAGUCGGUUUCAGCAAUCGAUAACCUCAAAUUAAUGCCAGCAACAGCCUCGGAGCCGACCUCUCCACUCCAGCAGGCCGGAAUUCUGUUGGUUUUCUCCUCCACUGCAUUAGCAGUCGGGAUUACAGCCCUACGCUUGUAUGCCAAAGGCAAGGCAAGGCAGUUCUGGUGGGAUGAUGUUCUCCUAUGCGCUGCCACAGCCUUGUCCAUCGCACAGGCCGUGAGCGCUUAUUUCACCAUCAAGACCUCAUUCCUCGGAAUCCACAUUGAGGACGUUCCUGAGCAUGACCCGAUCACACCGCUGCGAUGGCAAUUCAUCAUACAACUCUGGUACAGUCCGAUACUAGGGGCUGUCAAGGCGUCCAUCCUUCUGUUCAUGCUCCGGCUCACCAGCCACAUGGCCAGAGUUAGGUGGUCAAUCCAUGCUUUGAACGCCCUGAACUUGGGCAUGGUUGCGACAAUCCUCCUUGUCGUGAUGAUCCAGUGUGGCCCCGUAGAGUUCAAUUGGGACAAGUCGAUCCGCGGCGGUACGUGCAUCAACCAGGGGUGGUUCUACUUAUCCACCGCGGCCCUGACCAUCUUUACCGACUUGCUCGUCUUGAGUCUCCCAUUCUGGGUGUUCCUCGGCCUCAAUAUGGCGCGGGGCCUCAAGAUCGCAAUCCUUUGCGUCUUCCUCGUUGGUGCAGUCGUCCCUGCCGUCGGCACAUAUCGACUCGUACUUCUCUAUCAGACAUUCUUCGAACCACCGCCGCCGGACCCGACCUACUCGAUAAGCCUCACCAGCUCUGUCAUCGAGUGCAACUUGGCCAUAGUGACGGCCUCGGCGCCGGCUCUGCGUGGGCUAUGCCGCUGUUGGUUACCGCAACUGUUCUCGAGCGGCAAGCCUAGUAACUACCCUUACAGCUACAGUAUCAGCAUGCCUCCCGAGGAAGCUGGAAGGCAGGUCUUCCUCGGUCGCUCCCGUGACACGGACGCUGCAAGCACUGCAGGUAUUGUAAUGGAGGCGUGCCCUCCGGAGAGAACAACGAGUGAGGUAGCGACGAGAGCCGGUCUGGGGAAAAUGGACGGAAAAGACCCGAUUGAGACGGACAAGGAUGGCAGGACAAUGUUGGUGAUUAUAGAAUUGGAAGAUGGUGGCAACUGGUCUCGUACCAUAGAUGACGAUGACUGGGCUCAUCGUGAUCGCCAGCUCAGGUCUUCAGCAAGUCCAGUGUAA